CCGCGGCCAGCAGCGGGUUAACGCCGCCCGCGCGGAGAGGGCUGAGCCCGAGCCGCCGCUCCGAGCUCGCAUUCGGAUCCGCUAGCGCAGGAAGAUGGCGACGGACCGCGCGAGCUGCGAGCCCGACUUGUCCCGCGCCCCGGAGGACGCGGCAGGGGCCACGGCGGAGGCGGCGAAAAAAGAGUUUGAUGUGGACACCCUCAGUAAACCAGAGCUUCGGAUGCUUCUCAGUGUGAUGGAAGGGGAGCUGGAAGCCAGAGACCUUGUCAUUGAGGCCCUGCGGGCUCGCAGAAAGGAGGUGUUUAUCCAGGAACGAUACGGGAGAUUUAAUCUAAAUGACCCAUUCUUGGCACUCCAGAGAGACUAUGAAGCAAGUUCCAGUGACAAAGAAAAGAAGCCAGUUUGUACCAACCCCCUGUCCAUUCUUGAAGCAGUCAUGGCCCACUGCAGAAAAAUGCAAGAAAGGAUGUCUGCACAGCUGGCUGCUGCAGAGAGCAGACAAAAGAAGCUGGAGAUGGAGAAACUUCAGCUCCAAGCUCUUGAGCAAGAGCACAAGAAACUGGCCGAACGUUUGGAGGAGGAGCGGGGCAAGAAUAAGCACGUGGUGCUGAUGCUUGUAAAGGAGUGCAAGCAGCUCUCAGGCAAAGUCAUAGAGGAGGCCCAGAGGCUGGAAGAAGUAAUGGCCAAACUGGAGGAGGAAAAGAAGAGGACCAAUGAAUUAGAAGAGGAGCUCUCCGCUGAGAAACGGAGAAGCACAGAAAUGGAGGCUCAGAUGGAAAAACAACUCUCCGAGUUUGAUACUGAACGCGAACAGCUUCGUGCCAAGCUGAGUCGAGAAGAAGCGCAUACCACUGACCUCAAAGAGGAGAUAGACAAGAUGAAGAAAAUGAUCGAACAACUGAAAAGGGGAAAUGACAGCAAACCAAGCCUUUCUCUCCCAAGGAAGACAAAAGAUAGACGAUUGGUUUCCAUAUCUGUGGGGACAGAAGGACCUGUGGCAAAGUCUGUCGCUUGCCAGACAGAGCUAGUGACAGAAAGCACAGAUCAUGGAAGGAAGCUGCCGUUGACUGUACCUGUAAAGCCUUCCACAGGAAGCCCCCUAGUUUCUGCAAACGCAAAAGGGAAUGUGUGCCCCAAUCUCCCACUGGUCAGACCAGGUAUUGACAGGCAGGCUUCCCAUGGUGACUUGAUUGGCUCCUCCCUGCCCACCCUCCCUACUCCAAGUGCAAGCCGAAUUGAGGAAAAUGGACCAAGCACAGGUUCAAUGCCCGAUCCAACAAGUAGCACAUGCCCAGUUCCCGGUAAUGCUGCCCCUCCCACCACUCCAACACCGGCCAUAGCUCCCCAGAACUACCCCCAAGCUCCGCCUAUGCACAGUUUACAUUCACCGUGUGCCAAUGUGUCUUUGCAUCCAGGUCUCAACCCACGAAUCCAAGCAGCUAGGUUUAGAUUUCAGGGCAAUGCCAAUGACCCAGACCAAAAUGGAAAUACUACCCAAAGUCCUCCACCAAGAGAUGUCUCACCUACAAGUCGUGAUAGCCUAGUGGCCAAACAACUAGCAAGGAAUACUGUGACUCAAGCACUGUCAAGAUUUACAAGCCCUCAACCGGGUGCUUCUCCCAGGCCUGGAGUAUCUCCCACGGGGGACAGUGGUACCUACAAUCCAGUCAGUCGGACCAGUUUAAAGACUCCUGGUGUAGCACGAGUUGAUAGAGGAAAUCCUCCUCCCAUCCCACCAAAAAAGCCAGGGCUCUCCCAAACUCCUUCUCCACCGCACCCCCAACUCAAGGUUAUUAUGGAUAGCAGCAGGGCUGCAAACACAGGGGCCAAAGUGGAUAACAAAGCUGUGGCUUCACCUCCUUCCACAUUGCCACAAGGGAACAGGGUAAUAAGUGAGGAGAAUCUCCCUAAAUCAUCCUCCCCUCAGCUGCCACCAAAACCAUCCAUAGAUUUAACUGUGGCACCUGCAGGCUGUGCCGUUUCAGCCCUGGCCACGUCUCAGGUGGGUGCCUGGCCUGCUGAAAUCCCUGGACUGAACCAACCCGCAUGUUCCGACAACUCCCUUGUCAUUCCCAACACCAUUGCCUUUUGCUCUUCCAUAAGACCUGUUAGUGCCUCAUCCCGUAGGCCAGGUGCCUCAGGCAGCCUCCUGGUAACAGCAUCAGGCUGGUCACCCUCCCUAACCCCUUUGCUAAUGAGUGGUGGUCCUGCCCCCCUGGCUGGCAGGCCCACCCUUCUUCAGCAAGCUGCUGCCCAGGGAAAUGUCACUUUAUUAUCAAUGCUGCUUAAUGAAGAAGGACUGGACAUUAAUUACUCCUGUGAAGAUGGCCAUUCUGCCUUGUAUUCUGCUGCUAAGAAUGGACAUACAGACUGUGUGAGAUUGCUGCUGAAUGUUGAAGCCCAAGUUGAUGCUGCUGAUAAAAAUGGCUUCACACCCUUGUGUGCUGCAGCUGCUCAGGGACAUUUUGAAUGUGUAGAAUUACUAAUUGCAUAUGAUGCUAACAUUGAUCAUGCUGCUGCUGGAGGACUGACACCUCUCUACCUGGCCUGUAAACAUGGAAACAAAGAAUGUAUUAGACUCUUGCUUGAAGCUGGUUCUGACCGAAGCGUAGAAACUAGAGAUGGCUGGACACCAGUUCAUGCAGCUGUGGAUACUGGUAAUGUGGACAGCCUCAAGCUUCUGAUGUACCAUAGAGUGCCAGCUCGUGGGAAUUCUUUGCAUGAGGAGGAGCCCAAAUUGGGUUUCACCUUGGAAGGAGGGGAAGAAAGCCCUGAAGACUCAUCCAAGCCCGUGGUUCCUGCAGAUCUCAUCAACCAUGCUGACAGAGAGGGCUGGACUGCUGCCCAUAUCGCUGCUUCCAAAGGUUUUAAGAACUGCCUAGAAAUCUUGUGUAGGCAUGGAGGUCUGGAGCCUGAAAAGCGAGACAGGUGCAACCGAACUGUGCAUGAUGUUGCCACUGAUGACUGCAAGCAUCUGCUGGAGAAUUUGAAUGCUCUUAAAAUACCCUUAAGGAUUUCUGUGGGUGAGAUCCCACCAAGCAACGGUGGCUCAGAUGACUUGGAAUGCGAGAAUACCUUAUGUGCUUUAAAUAUCCGCAAACAGACAUCAUGGGAUGAUUUUUCAAAAGCAGUGAGUCAAGCUCUGACAAAUCAUUUCCAAGCAAUCUCUGCUGAUGGAUGGUGGAGUCUGGAAGACGUGACACUUAAUAACACCACUGACUCCAACAUUGGCCUCGGUGCAAGCAGCAUACGAUCCAUCACUCUAGGAAAUGUGCCAUGGUCAGCUGGUCAGAGCUUCAGCCAGUCUCCAUGGGACUUUGUGAGGAAAGCAAAAGUGGAACAGGUCACCGUGCUUCUGUCAGGUCCCCAAGAAGGCUGCCUUAGUAGUGUGACAUAUGCAUCCAUGAUUCCUCUCCAGAUGCUGCAGAACUACCUCAGGCUGGUCGAGCAAUAUCAUAAUGUCAUUUUCCACGGCCCAGAAGGAAGCUUACAAGACUACAUAGCAUAUCAGCUUGCACUCUGCAUGAAGCAUAGACAAAUGGCUGCAGGAUUUGCUUGUGAAAUAGUGAGAGCUGAAGUGGAUGCUGGUUUCUCCAAGGAGCAGCUCAUAGAUCUGUUCAUCAGUAGCGCUUGUCUGAUCCCAGUGAAACAAUCUCCUGUCAAGAAGAAAAUCAUCAUCAUUUUAGAGAAUUUAGAAAAAUCUUCAUUAUCUGAGUUAUUGGGGGACUUUCUGGCACCUCUUGAAAACCGCAGCACCGAAAGCCCGUGUGCUUUUCAGAAAGGAAAUGGAGCAUCGGAAUGUUACUACUUUCAUGAGAACUGCUUUUUGUUGGGCACCAUUGCCAAGGCUUGUCUGCAGGGCUCGGACCUGCUGGUGCAGCAGCAUUUCCGCUGGGUUCAGCUGCGUUGGGACUGUGAGCCCAUGCAAGGACUGCUGCACAGGUUCUUACGAAAGAAAGUGGUGACCAAGUUCAGAGGUCAGCUUCCCUCACCCUGUGACCCUGUGUGCAAGAUUGUCGACUGGGUUCUGUCUGUCUGGCGUCAGCUCAACUCCUGCCUGGCACGCUUGGGCACAUCGGAAGCACUCCUGGGACCAAAGUACUUCCUGUCUUGUCCUGUAGUUCCAGGACAUGCCCAAGCAACAGUGAAGUGGAUGUCUAAGCUGUGGAAUGCCGUGAUUGCACCCAGAGUUCAGGACGCAAUACUGUCGAGAGCCUGUGUGAAGAGACAGCCUGGUCCUGUGCAGGCAGCUGCUAAAAAGCACCCUAGCCAAGGCCAGCAGGCCGUGGUUAAAGCCGCACUCAGCAUCUUGCUCAAUAAAGCUGUUCUGCACGGCUGUCCCCUCCCAAGAGCAGAGCUAGAGCAGCAUACAGCUGACUUCAAAGGAGGAAAUUUCCCUUUAUCCAUUGUUUCAAGUUACAGCAAAAAGAAAGGAGAGAGCGGGGCUUGGAGAAAGGUGAACACCAGCCCUCGCAAGAAGCCAGGCCGUUUCCCUUCACCUACCUGGAGCAAGCCGGACCUGAGCCAGGAAGGUAUUAAAAAUAAGACCACACCACAGCUGAAUUGCAACCGGAACACUUCUCUGUCAAAGCAAAAAUUCUCUCUAGGUUCAGAUGAUGAAGCAGAUCUUGUCAAGGAACUUCAGAGUAUGUGCUCUAGCAAAUCGGAAUCUGACAUAAGCAAGAUUGCUGAUUCUAGGGAUGACUUAAGGAGUUUUGACAAAUCAGCAAACAGUCCUGCGUUUUCAGCACCUGUUAAUAAUCCAAGCACGCCAGUGUCACAAAAGGAGGCAAGUCCUCGCAGCAGCCAUCAAACUACCGAAUGCAGCAACAGUAAAUCAAAGACUGAGUUGGGUGUCUCGAGAGUUAAAUCUUUUCUUCCUGUUCCUAGAAGUAAAAUUGCCCAGUGUUCCCAGAACACUAAAAGAAGCAGCAGCAGCAGUAAUACAAGGCAACUAGAAAUCAACAACAAUUCCAAAGAAGAGAAUUGGAACCUACACAAACAUGAACCAGUAGAAAAACCUAACAAAUAGGCCUGCCUACAAGAUUCUCACUAGUAACUUCUCUGUAUAUUUUACACAGAAACCAAGGGCAACAAAGUGUAAAUACCUUCAAAUGAAUAAAAUGUUUCACUGUAAUAUAAAGUAUGAGUGCGGGACCACUAUUCAAACUUUUGUAAAGAAUGUAUUUAUAACCCAACAUUUUUUACUUCUAUAGGACUGAACUUAAAAGUUACGGCAACUUUUUAAGUAGUUUUAUAAUAGAAACAUUGUAAUAGUUUUAAGCUAAUAUGUUCAGGGGUAUUAAAAUAUAACCAUCUGUGUACUGUAUAUCACUAUGUGUACAUAUGUACAUAUGUAUGUAUAUUUAAGGAAGUCCACAAAUCAUAUUACAAACAUGUUAUAAAAUGGAUAAAACAUUGGCUUAGAUAACACAUACCACCUACAAUGGUGGUCAUCAUUUUAUGUUCCCCCGAUGGGGAAUGACUAGAAUGGGGCAAUAACCAAUCAUUUCUAAACUUUUUUUUUCAUUAAAAGCCAUAUUAAAUA